AUGGGCGAGUUCAAGAAUAUCCAGACCAGGGCUUAUGUGGUAGACAAGGUGGGGGAUCCUUUCGUGCUGCAGGACGUUGUCCUUGAUGAAGUCAGGGACGAUGAGGUCCUUGUUGAGAUGAAGUACACAGGCCUCUGCCAUACGGACAUCGUGGUCCAGCACGGUGGCAUGCCGGUUGGCAGCUACCCGGCUGUUCUGGGCCACGAAGGAGUCGGCAUCGUGAGACACAUUGGAUCUUCAGUCACCAACAAGGACCUUUCUAGAGGCGAUACAGUUCUCUUGUCGAUGCACAACUGCUACUCCUGCCGCCAGUGUAACUCUGGGCGUAUAGGAGCCUGCGAAAGGUCAACAGAGUUGAAUUUCCUCACUGCCAGGCUCGCCAAGAACGCCAAGUCCCCCAUCAGCCUUCCAGAUGGAUCUCCAGUCCACGGGCAGUUCUUCGGCCAGUCGUCUCUUAGUAAGAUGGCCGUCGUCGCCCAGAACUGCGUUGUCAAGCUCCACGGCGCUCGACCCGAAGAUCUGGCCUUUCUGCCCCCUCUGGCGUGCGGAUAUCUGUCAGGCGCGGGAACGGUGUUCAAUGUUCUUGACCCAUCACCUGAGGAUACUGUGGCCGUCCUGGGUGUGGGUGCCGUUGGAUCCGCUGCCAUCAUGGCAGCAAAGCAGCGGGGCGCCAAGUCUAUCGUCGCCGUCGACAUCGUCGACUACAAGCUGCAGCUUGCCUUGACUCUGGGCGCAACACACAUCAUCGACUCCAAGGCUGUCGAUGAUCUUACUACCGGUAUACGGGAAAUCUUUCCGGAUGGUAUCAACAAGAUCAUUGAUACGACAGGAUUGCCAUUUCUUCUCAAUUCGGCGUUUGAUGCAUUAUCCCAUGGCGGAACACUUGCUCUUGUUGGAGUUCCGCCUCCAACCGCCGAUGUCAAGUUCAACGCGCUCAGCAUGCUUACGGGAUGCAAGCAGGUUAUCGGCGUCAUAGAAGGCUGGGCUGAUCCUCAAAAGCUUGUCCCCCAAUUGCUUCAAUUAUUCAAUGAAGGGAAAUUUCCCAUUGACAAAAUCUCCAAAACGUACCCGGCUGACAACUUGGACGCAGCCUUGGCCGACCUCAAGUCUGGACGGGUGAGUAGUCAGUCAGAAAGCCCACCGGAUAGCCCUUUUGUACUGAACGAUGAGAAGGUCAUCAAACCUAUUCUGUCUUGGUAG